AUGUGCUUUACUCUUGUCGGACUUCUUCUUCCGACGCCGGUGCCCAUUCGUCCGCACGGUCUAUGGCCAGGGAGCUUCCGCCGGGAUCGCUCUACCACUCGACCCCGGUUAUGUCGAUCGAGCAAUGUCCAAAUACUGGGCUCUUCACUGUGCGAUCCUCGAACGGGGCGGUCUGUCAUUGAGAUGGAGGGGUCCAAAGCAGAGUUCCUCGGUGGUGCGCCCUGCCCGGUGUCACCACCGGGCCUGCUCACUGAAUUCGGCGCGCGCGCACUUCGAGAGCCCCAUGAGAACGUGCAUUUCGUGGGGACGGAGACGUCGACUGAGUGGAAGGGAUACAUGAAGCGAACCAUUCGGUCUGGGGGCCGGGAUGCCAAUGAGGUGAUCAGGGACCUGCAGCAAUCGAGUUUGAAUGGAUAG